AGAGUCUCGGCCCUGAUUGGCUGCUGACAGAAGCAUGCAGAUAAAAAGGGCAGCGGGGAGACUGCAAUAGCAUCACAGGGCAGCGCACAGCAUCCAGGGAACAUACUACGAUCAAACCUCACCAGUCUCCACUCUUCCUGCUACUCCAAACAAGACACCAAACAGACACGAUGAAAGUGGCAUUUGUAUUUGUUCUGCUCUUUGCUGCAGUUCUCUGCCGACCAGCAAAAAAAUAUUCUGACAGUUCGGCGGAGAGUUCUGAAGAAGUGGUCAGACGAUCUGGAGCGUCACUCUUCAGGAAAAAGAUGGCCCAAUUGACUCGCUUCCAUGUGUCACCAUUCAGGUUGUUCCAGAAUUUUUUAGCACCUGUUGCUAUGGGUUCAGAUGAGAGCACAGAUGGUUCUAAGGAGGCAGCAGUCGAGAGUCCAGCUUUAAUCAACUUUGAAACUACAGAUGAUGCUACAACAGACACACCCUCCGUUGACAACCAAGAUGAACCAAGUAAAGACGGUGAUGAUGACGACAAUGACGACGAUGAUGAUGAUGAUGAUGAUGAUGAAGAGGAAUCAGAGGAGAGUGAAAGUGAAGAGGAAGACGAAGAAGAGAGCUCAGAGUCGGGCGAGUCUUCCACUGUUGCUCCCGAGACAGUAACCCCUGUAAUUGUGACCGAAGAGCCCCUGUUGCCCACCAUUGUCACAGACACAGAUUCGGGCCGCGGUGACAGCAUGGGAAGAUACCCCAGCGAGUACAAGAGCUAUGUCUACGCGGAGGAGAAGACCUACCACAAGGCUCCUUCAUCUUACAAGUCCUAUGAAUAUGUUGACACAGGCAAAAAAUCAGGCUAUGACAUGCCCAUUGGCAAUGAGGUGGAGAAGUCACCAGAGGUGUACAACAGUGAGAUUUAUCAGGGGCACUCUGACGUACUGGAGGAGGACAGCAGCACUCCUGAGAACCAGGAAGUUCUUCCAGUAGAGGAGGAGGAGAACGAUGGCACAAACGAUAGCGGAAGCUCCACAGAUGUGGAGGAAGAAGAAGAGUCUGAACACGAGCAGAGCAGCGAGGAGGCUACAUCCACACCCGGGGCUGCUGACAGCGAUUCUGACGAGAGUGACAGCAUGGAAAGUGACUCAGAUGAGCAGGAGAUGAGCCCCGAAACCACUGACAUGCCCGCGGUCAUCACCGCCAAAUAAGUCGUCCAGAAACUCAGGUGGUGUCCCUCAUAAGGGGUUCAUGGCCUAUUCUAGUUCAUCUGUCCACUUUGGAGACACUUUCUACGGGAGGGACCAACAGAACCAAUGUUUGUUUACUAUCAAUUAUUGUCUGAGUUCUGAAAAUAUUUUUGAGCUAAUUGGCACAUUAUUUAUCAGAUUCAAACAGGUUCUGUUGAAUUUUGAAUGAAAAGAUCCAAAAUUGUAAAUGAUGACAAAAAAAGAUUAAUCAGGAGGAAAAUAUUUGACUUGGCGCAGCAGGAAAUAAAUCAAAAUCCAAGGGGCGCAUUCAAGGUAACAUGAACUUGCAUGCAAAUAUGGGUCAUCAGUUCAAAAGCAUCAU